AUGAGCACGGGCACGGCGCGCUCCUUUGCGGUCAGGGAGCUUGCGCCUGCUGUGCUCCCUGCACAGCUGGCUUUGCAAGGCUCGCCUGCGGAGCUAGGGCGCGCACUGCGGUACGUCGCGGUGUGUGGCGAGCACGCAUACGUCGCGGCGAGCGACGGCCACCUGCAUUGGUACACACUGCACGCAGCGAAACCCGGCAAGGCCGCAUCGUGGCACCUGGAAAAGAGUAUCGCUGUAUCAUCGAUCGGUAAGGCAGUAGAGCGCGUGUACAUCUAUGCUACAUUGCAGCUCGUUGGCGUAUGGUGCGAAAACACGCUGCGGUUCUACGCGUACCCCUCGCUCGGCGCAGUGAGCUCGGGACUGGCGCCGAUCAAGGGCGUACAGGGUAUCGCGGAUGAUGCGGACGAGAGCGCGGAGCAGAAUACCGAGCUUGCUUUCGCCAGCAUAUGCCUCUUGAAGCGCAAGAAGCUCGUGCUGGUCAUGGUCGAGCGCCACGGCUGGGGUACCGUCAAGGAAAUCCCUAUCGAGCGCGAUGCGUUCAUUGCUCGCCGCUUUAACGACGUCGUGUGCCUUGCGUCGCCGUCCGAGUACAGUCUCGUGCACCUUGACUCGGGUGCGCAGACACCGCUGGGCCUGCCCAUUUCGCAGAGCACCGAGGUAUCGUCUGCGCGCAUUCGCCCUUCGAUCGUGCCGGUGGCAUUUGACGAGCACGGCGAACGGACGUAUACCUUUUUGAUCACGAGCCACUCGGAUGCAGGCACCCUCGGCGCGUUUCUCCGUGCCGACGGCGAGCCCACCGACAAGUUGCUCGAGUGGCCGUCGCAUCCGCGGUCGGUUGUCGCGGAGCCGCCGUACGUGUGUGCUCUGCUACGCAACGAUACAAUCGAAGUGCACGACCUGCGUACAAUGCGCCGCGUGCAGCAAAUUCCCGUCGAUGCGAGCGACGAUCCACGGUUUUUGCUGCGCAUCGUUGGAAGCAAAACACUGCUGACGAGCGGCGCUACGGUCGACGAGCACGUCGUUCAGGUCGACGACGACGAGGUCGGCGCCGAAAAAGCGGCGCCAAUGCUUGACGAGCCCGGCGCUGUGAACCUUCCUAUACCCCCUUUUGCACUUGAGCCACACUGGAAGACGGUGCGUGUGCUGCUUGGAUUCAAGCGUUCCUUGUCGUGCCUUGCACUGCCUACGCCGGCCAGCACAGCCUGGAAGUGCGCCGAGGCGCAAAACUGGAGCGAGGCGGAUCACGCGUUACAUGAUACAGAGCUCGACGAGCAGGCCAAGAUCGCUGCCGUCUUUCUCGGCAUUAAUCAUGUGUGCAAUACACGCUUCUCCAACGCCAUUGCAUGCUUUUUGCGCGGCGGAUUCGAUCUUGAACGCCGCGCCGAUGCGAUGCUUGUGGAACUCCUCGAGGCGAACGUACAGGGUGGUGGCGAGGGUCGUCUCGACGCACACUCGGCCCUGCUUGCCUUGGCGCUGGGCAGGGAUGCGACCGUGCCGACCUCUACCGUCGAUGGGCAUCUCGAUGCAUGCCACGUCGAUAAAGUCGCCGCGCUCCUCGCAUCCCACCACCGCUAUGGAAUGCAGGCGUUGCUCUUUCACAAGCACGGCCGGAUCACCGAGGCGCUCAGCGUUUGGACUGCCAUGCUCGACAAGACGGUCGAGGAUCCCGUGGACACGGUCGCGCUGCAUGAAAUUGCGCCGCAUAUUCAGCAGCUUACAGAGCAAGAGGACCUCGUCCAGUACGGCCUAUGGCUGGCCAAGCAUGAUACCCAGCUCGGUCUCGACGCGCUGCGUCGGGUCGAGUACAGCGGCACGGACUCGGAAGGCGUCCUUGCGUCGCUCCGUCUGCUCGACACGCACGCAGCCGAGGCGCUCCUGGAGCACAUUGUUUUUACGAGCGCCGAACAGACCGAGAACCUGCAUGCGGAGCUCUGUGCGCGUCUCGUCGAGAUCCUCGUCGAGGCGGUCGACAAGCACGUCUAUCCCCCGGACGCGACAGUCGAAGUCUAUGGCCAGUCGGCGACCGAGCCUUUCUUCGACUACCUUGCUAAGCGUGCGUCGCUUGGCGUCGUGCGCACGCGCAUCAAGCUCAUGGUCUUGCUGGAACACUCGUCCGUCCUGGACCGUGCACAGACGUUGGAGCACCUUACGCCGCACGCGUUCCUGGCGUUUGAGCAGGCCAUUGUUCUCGGCAAGCUAGGGCGUGUAUCGGAUGCGCUGCGUGUGCUUGCGCUCGACGUGCACGAUGCACUCUCUGCCGAGGCCGUAUGCCUGCAAGACGGCCGCGUCCUCUCGCCGGCCGCGGCUCGCGCCAUUUCGUCCGACGCCUCGAUCGGCGAGUACGUGUCACUGAUCGGCAAAGAGUCGUUGUUUGUGAGCAAACCGGCGACGAGUGCGCGCCUGUUGCGUAUGCUUCUCUACCUCUAUCUCGACCAAAGCAAUCUCGACCGCUACCAAGACGCUAUUCUGCACCUCCUCAUUUCGCACACGCGCUACUUUUCGCUUCUUGAUAUCCUCCCUCGGUUGCCAAACCAUUGGAGCGUCGCGUGCCUUGAGCCCUUCCUCGUCCGCACGCUCCGCUCGCAACUGCACAGGCGCCGCCUCGCGGAAGUCGUCAAAGGCACGGCCAUGGCUCAUACCCUGUCAGUGAGCGAGCGCCACUGGCAGGCUGUGCGAAAACUCGGCGGAGUCCUCCAAGAAGGCGACGACGAUCCCCCAAUCGAGGCGCUCCCGCCUAUCGAGACCCCUCCGCCGCGGCUCGCCGCGACGCCGCCGGAGAAGCCCUCCACAUAG